CGGUAACCCUGCCAUUUUUGGCUUUGCACAAUCUGGUCACACGUUUAAUUUUCCGGGCCCUUCUCUCCACGAAGCAAAAUAGAAACAAAUUUCACAUAUUUCAUGCUAAAUUGGCAAAGAUCCGUACUACCAUGCUCAUGAGUCGAGCGCUGUGCCGGAGCUGGCUGCCCCAGGUGGCCCACAGAUGUCAUGCUAAUGUGAAUAUACCAAUCCUGCGGAUAAACUCUGGUCAUCCAGCGGCCAGGUCAUGCCGGCAGUUUCACAGAAACCGAAAACAGAGCAGCAACCUCAAGCCGACGACUGGGGAGCCUGUGGCAGCGGAGCUGAACACUACGGUGCCGGUGAACAAUGUGAUCAAGGCCGUGGCUUUCACGGGAGCAUUUACGGUCGGCUGCUUUGCGGGUGCCACCAUCUUGGAGUACGAGAACACACGUAGCCUGAUACUGGAAAAGGCGCGCCAGGCGAGAUUCGGUUGGUGGCAGAGUCGUUCACUGGCGGACAGGGAUUACUGGACACAGCUCAAGCAGGAAUUCCGACGGCACUGGGACUCACUGACGCCCGGCGACAAGAUGUUCGCUCCUAUCUUACUCUGCAAUUUGGUGGCCUUCGCCAUGUGGCGGGUGCCCGCUCUGAAAGGCACCAUGAUGACCUACUUCACAUCUAAUCCAGCGGCGAGAGUCGUCUGCUGGCCCAUGUUCCUGUCCACAUUCAGCCACUACUCGGCUAUGCACAUAUUCGCCAAUAUGUACGUGAUGCACAGCUUCGCCAACGCUGCGGUUCUUUCGUUGGGCAAAGAACAAUUCUUGGCGGUCUACCUCAGCGCCGGUGUCUUCUCCAGUCUGAUGAGCGUGCUCUACAAGGCGGGCACGAGUCAGGCGGGGAUGUCCCUGGGUGCGUCUGGAGCUAUAAUGACACUGUUGGCCUAUGUAUGCACCCAAUAUCCGGAUACGCAACUUAGCAUUCUGUUUCUGCCCGCGCUGACAUUCUCCGCUGGAGCCGGUAUUAAAGUGCUAAUGGGCAUCGACUUUGCCGGCGUCGUGCUGGGCUGGAAGUUUUUCGAUCACGCAGCGCAUUUGGGCGGCGCCAUGUUUGGCAUCUUUUGGGCCACGUAUGGAGCACAGAUAUGGGCCAAACGCAUUGGUCUGCUGAAUUACUACCACGACCUGCGCCGGACUAAGCAGAAAUAGUACAGAAGGAUUGAGGGUUGGCCGAGUGAACGGGCAGGGAGCUGAGGCUAGAGAGUGAUAGCAACUAGCACUCUGCUGUAUCGAUAAUAAUGACAUCGUUCUGCCUUCGAAGUUCAUUGAAAUCAGUUAAGUUGAAUAAAGCGUUAACAUCCUGUA